ACACAACUAAUUGGGUCUAUUAACGAGCACUCGCCAUCUGGUUGGCGGUCGAUCGUUGGACCACCAAAAGAUUUCCGACGCAUUCGCUCUGCUACGCUUUGGACGAUCGCCAUGCGGCGUUUCUUGCUUCUACUUUCGCUUCUGUUCACGAGUCAACAUUCUGGAUCGUGUUUCGAACGCGACAAGAGGUAUUUGGUGUUUCCAACGCCUGGAACGAGCGCUCCAACCAAAGUCCAGUUCAUCCUCGGCCUCGGUUUACCCAUGGAAGUCGACGUCAGCACGAUUAUCGGAUAUGUGAUGAAAUUUAAUUACGCCCUGCCCUAUAACGCCUCCUACUUGACGGAUUCAUACGUUCGCUAUGACAGAUCGAUCAGCCCCGGUGUCGAGGUCGACGGGGAUGACGAGCCGAACCCCGAUUACCAAGGUGUGGCGCGCGCCCUCACCAGAUGGGAAAUUUACGAGAUGCUCGAGUCGGCCCUCGGUGAUUCGCGAUCGGGGAAAGCGUGCCUAUUGAGGGCGAUCUGCGAGGCCUCCGCGUCGCCUUUCGACGGGGUUCACGGCCUCGCCUCCCAGCUCGUCCAUCUUCUCCUCACACCGUCGACCACCUCGGAGGCCUUCAGGACCGACUUUGAUCGAGUGUAUCACGCCGCUGAAAUUAUGGGCCGACGAGGGAUCCACUCCUGCGAUACUAUAUUUCCCGAAUGCGAGGAGAGCCCCCUGGAUUACUUCACCGAGGUCCACCAACGAUUCGCUUCGUUUAAAUUACAAAAUUACGUUAAAUUGGCGGACAAUUAUCGGUGCCCGAAACGCGUCCAGCAUCCGAGCGUAUAUGAAACAUCGACGAGACUGGCGAAAUCCAGCGAUUUAAUCGCACCGAGAUACAAAACGGUACUAUCCUAUCCUAAUACGUUCGGGUUUUCGAGUCGAAUCUCGAGAUCGGCCCACCAGUUCGUCCGCUUCGAGUUCGUCCGCUUGACGCGGCCAGAGAAUCGCUCGAGGGGGCCCAGGAGAAGGCGGCACAGGAUGGCUGCUGGGUUGUCCUCGGUGGUGUUCCUCGCCCUCGUUUCCCUGUCGCCGUGUCUGGCGCAGAGGCUUGACAAGGGCGAUUUCACGGUGAACGAGGCGACCGGCCUGUUGGAAAGUCCCUCGCGGCGACCAAGGGCUCUCGCUUUCCCCAAAGACUCCCAGCUUCUGCUGAUCCUGGGACUGGGAACGCCGUUGCAACUGAACCGCGAGAGCAUAAUUAUCGGUGUAUUCACCAAGAUCGUGUACAACUUGCCAUCGAACGCGACAGAUUUCACCGUUCCGGGGGUCUAUUAUUCUCGAGCGCAGAAGAGCAGGUGGAGCGUUUACAAGGCGCUGGAAAAGGCGGCUGGCCUGUACGGAUUCGGUGGGAAGGCCUGCCUAUUGAAGGCCAUUUGCGAAGCUGCCUCCGCUCCUUUCGAUGGUACUCACGGUUUGUUGGGACAGCUGUUGCACGUCUUCUUCAGGCCUUCGAGCACCGAGGAGCGGUACGACGAGUACGGGGAUCGAGAGUACAGCGCGGCGGAACGUUUGGGCGAGCAGAUGUCGGCGGAAAACUGCCACGCCCUUUAUCCAGAAUGCCCGAGAAGUAUGCUCGACGUGUUUUCCACGGUGAUCACGUGAAAUCUAUUCUGGCCGGACGACGAGGACGCGUGGACAUUCCGUUCCGUUGGAAACUGAACGAUUUUUCUUGGGAUCGAGACGACCCUUUCUGAUCUGCGUGCGAUCGAAAUCGAUGUUCGCGGGUAAAAAGUUCUUUCAAGUUAACGUUAUUGUAAUCGAAAUUGAUCACUCUUUGUAUAACCUCACAAUCGGGGAAUUGGGUCGUUUGGAAAUAAUUUCGUUUUUUCACACGAGUGUCGCUAGUCGAACUCGUUUAUCCAGCCAACUUCAUUCCAAACCGUUGUUGUUAUUGCGUAUUUUGAGAGUUGGCAUUUCGUUGGUUUAUUUUGUAAGAAAAAUUCGUUUGAUUCUACGUGAAUGUGUUUUUUCGUGCAAAGAUGCGAGAUCAGAAGGAGUAUAUUUUAUUUUUUUUAUCGAAGAGGUAAGAAUACCGUUUCAGACAAGAAAAAAGUGCGAAGUGUAUGGGAGAAGGUUAUGUUAACGGCGUGUCAGAACUGGUUUUCAAAAUUUUAAAACAUUAAACAUGUGCCACGUUUUGGAAGACUAGUUGAAGCUGAUGAAGACGAAAUGAAGGCAUUGAUCGAAGCAAACCGACGAACCGAGAAAUUGCCACGAGAUUGAAUUCGUCGAAUUCGACUGUUUGUGAUUAUACGUGAAACGACUUGGUGUUUCAUUGUCAUGAAAAAAUAAACGUUCCGAACAACCCAAUAAUUACAGUUAUUAUAUAUCGACGCUUUGAACAAGAUUGAACGUAGAAUUCUUAAAUUCGAUCGUUUGUUAAACUUUUCUCGUCACUGCGCUUAUUAUUCACUUCGAACGCGAGCGUUUGAAUUUUCUAUUCCGUUCUCUUGGGUGCGGAAACUCUUUGAAAAAAUAUUUCAUAACGGCGACCGAUGUUAAUCAUCGUGCAAAACGAGGCUAAUGAAACAUUUGCUCCUAGAACCUUUUCACCCGAGAAAAGUAGCCUAAAUGCGCGAGCAAGAAGAAGAAGGAGAGGAAAAAGGGAUCACGCCCUCGCGUUUGUAAUUUAUCGGAGAGAGCGAGCGAGUACUCGGCCAGAGAGAAGUGCAUCGAGUGCAUCGAGGAGGAGGAGGAGAAGGAGGAGGUGAUCGUUCCGGCGGAAGGAUCGGUUGAACGCUCGAUUAUGUUGAAACGAUGCAUCCUAAAAUUCAUCCGUUCGAGGCCGUUUCUCAAGGUGUCGAGCCACCGUGAAAGCAUUCCUUAACCGUGCGUCCCGUCCUCUUCUUCUUUUCGAGCAUUCUGAGACCUCCCCUCUUCCUCCCCUCAGGGAGGAAGUUUUCAUUUGCCUAAAAGUCGAGCGACCCGCAGUUCAAUCGUCGUCGAGUCUCGCGCCGCCAGUUCUCUGGAAGGAAUUCGAAAUUAAAGAAUCUUCGCGGACCUCGCGAACACAAUUCUUUCGAGUAACUCUCGUCCCUAAACAAGUCUUGAAUAAGAAACGAGGCUGGUUCGAUUAAGGAUCGAACGAAACUUGUACCAAUUUCCAAGGAUUUCCAAUAUUCUUUCGAUCUGUUAUUUUUUUUUCUUUGCAAGUAAAAUUUUUUCCGGUGAAUAUUCAAUUCCCUUUUUGAAUUCGCAGGAGAGAUAAUCUUGUUUGUCUGUUCCAACGAACCAAUUAGGAUCUCUUUCGCGAAUAAAACGUAUUGAUUGAACGUUGUGAUUCACGAAUAACCAUAUAUUAUUCUGCUCGUGAUGGGAUAAAAAAACGUCCACAGGAUCUUUUACGCAACAUUUUGUAAAUUUCGACCGAGUUUCAAAAUUUCGUUUAUCAUAUUCGUCGAAAAAUUGAAAAGAUGGUAUAAAAUUAAAAUCGAUACAAAAAUGUUCCACGAACAUACCUAAUUUACGAAAUUUUAUUAUUAUUAUUAUUACACAAAGAAUAACGACUUCGUUCGUUCGUGGUAGCGAACAGCGCACAUACAUACUCGUUCUUCGAUCGUUACAUAUUUAUUUCGCCACGUUUCGCGUUAGUUAUGGAAAUAGGUAAGGUAAAAAAAAAAAAAAAAAAAGAAGUUUUCUCCCACUUUUAAAUUUCACACCCAGGGAAUGGAUUUUCCUUAAAUCGCAUUAGACCCUUUUAUAAUGUAAAAAGUUUUCGAAACGGGUGGUCGUGUCGUGGAGAAGUUGGAAUUGAAAAUUCCGCCCGACUUAUGCGAUCGUUUACGAUGGUGAAUUAGGGAUAAAUGGACAAUCUAGGCGUGCGUGAAGUUCCGCCCCGAAAGAGAGAGAGGGAGAGAGAUUCUUAUCGACUUGGAUCGACGCUUUGUCGGGAAGGAGGGAUGGAAGGAAGAAGUCGAUGGAAAGAAGAAGUCGAUGGAAGGAAGAAGGAAGGAGGAAUUCGGUGGACGUCGUCGUCGUCGUCGGUGAACCGGUUGCAAAACGAUAAUAGCCGGUGUUAAAGCACUUUAAAAAGCGUAGUCCAUUAUCGUGCGGGGCGAGCCAAGUACGCGUAACGCUUAAAAGCUGGAAGGAAAAGCUCGUGGGAGACGGGGUGAGAGGAGGUGUGUAGGACACAGCCACUCUCCUCCGCCCGGUAUGUAUAUAAUAUAGGGAGGGGGAGAAAAUAAAAACAGGAAGACGGGGGAAGUAUCCUCGGAAGAGUGGAACGUCUGCCCCGUUGGGAUGCCCAGAGUCGAACGCCUCCAACAUUUUACCGUGGAUUUAUCUUGUCGAUCUCUUUCUCCCCCCCCUCGAAUGGGCGUUGGUCCCGUAUUAAUUCCCUAUCCGUACGAAUUCUUCGUUUCGAAUUUCGCCAAUUCCUCGGGGAAGAGGAGAUUUUUUUUUUUUUAGAAUUUCUUUCGUUCGAUGUGAAAUUGAUGAAAGUAUACGGAAUAUUUUUGUGAUGACAUCUUCCACACGAUGCCGAAUUUGGGGAAGAAAAAUCGACGCGAGAUUUA